AUGAGGAUGGAAUCACGGCGCCAACAAGGACAAAUCGCACAGGUGCAGAGCGUCCGAUUUGUAAAGCCUCGAACUCGAAUAAAGACGAUUGCCACAUACUGCAUCGUUGGCUAUGUGUGCUGGAAUGUGUACUCGAGAGUCAUAUUAGAUCCUUUAGAUCGGGCGGUAGUCGAGACUUUAGAUAGUCUGCCGGAAGAGGAGGAUGAAGAAGAAGAGAAGCCAUUUUUCAUUCCGUUUCCUGGAACAACGAGGCAACUGAAGCCUGUUCCAUAUAAGGGAAGCGACCCUGAAUGGCAGGAGUUCAUCAAAUUCAGUAAAGAUCAGAAGUUGGCACAAAAAGUUCGGGAGGAGCUUGCAGAUUUCGUCCAACAGGUUGCUAGCAAACAUCCACUUCUCAAGAUACGAUGUGGAACUGGAUUCAAAUUACGGCGGUUUUGGCUUGAUGUUGACUUCCCUCAGCAUGCACCUCCACAAUUCGAGAGAUCUGGAAUCGAGAUAAGCGAUGAGUAUAUAGCUAUAGCGAAGCAGCCUGUGGACUCAUUGGUUGUCUUUCGAAUUCGUCAAGCGUUAUGGCCAACAGCUCUUUUUCAAUCUACCUGGAGCUUUCUCAAAGUGAUGGUAAACGAUGAUGCUAAAUACAUAGCACAAAAGCUUGGAUUCAAACCGACAAAGCCACCGCCAUCUAUCGAACAAAUAGUAACAAAGCACCAACAGAUGUUUAAAGGACCGCCCCAACUGCCGACCAAGGACGGUCCGUCUCCCACGACUCAGCCUCCUGUUUUAGGAGAUGGUGCCCAAACUAUUACCAGUCCUCCUGGACGAGGAGACAAAUCACCACUGGCAGGGCAAAAGCCAGAAGAAGUUGACAUCGGAAGUGCUGGGAUGGCUCUUCACGCACAUUUCUUCCGCCCAAUCAUGGCCUUCAAGGCCAAAUUAGCACAAACAUGGCGUCCAGCGCCCAACUUCCCACCAAGGGGUAGCAUUUUGAUUUCUGGUCUUGUGGAAUUGGAUACUCCGAAAGCAUGGCUGGUCUUUGAUGUGAAGGCCGCUUGGGACCCAAAAACCAGAACAUACGAUCCAAGGAGUAUGCACGUCCAAUUGAGACGGAUGCAAUUGAAGAAACAGGGCCCUGUAGGAGGGCGAUAA